AUGAUCGGCCUUGUUGCUCCUCUUCUCAUUGGGGCUGCUUCUGCAACCUCCUUGAGCAAGGCUUGUACCAAGACAUUUGUGAAGUCAAGCCUACCCUCAUCUGAGGACAACAUCCCUCUCGGUAUCAUCAUCGAUGAGAGUUCUAUUACAGCCAACGCGUACCGUAACUACUCAGUCACGGAUGCGACUUUCUGGGAGAAUGUGAACAUCGACUUCUGUGAGGUUUCGUUCGCAUACUCUCACGACAACCUAGACGAUCGAAUCGUGGUCGAAUACUGGAUGCCGCUCGCCGAGAACUUCCAGAAUCGAUUCCUCGCCACAGGAGGUGCUGCAUACCAGAUCAGCAAUGGAUCUGGUGGUGCCGAUAUGUCCGGCGGGGUUGCCUAUGGAGCUGCCACUGGUUUGACUGACGGCGGUCUUCCUUAUUGGGGAAGUACUGACUUUGACGAUGUCGUUCUGCUUGGCAACGGCACGGCGAAUUGGCCGGCGAUCUACAACUUCGCCUACCAAGCUAUCGCCGAAAUGACGGCGAUUGGAAAGGUCUUCACCAAGAACUACUUCGGACUCAGCGAGAACUUCGGCAAGGAGAAUAGCGACAAGGUUUACACCUACUAUAUGGGUUGCUCUGAAGGUGGACGUGAGGGGAUGAGCCAGGUUCAGAAAGCCCCUGAACUGUACGAUGGUAUCAUUGCUGGCGCCCCUGCGAUGCGCUAUGGACAGCAGCAAGUCAACCAUAUUGCAUCACCAAUCCAAAUCCAGACCAUUGGGCACUAUCCUCCUUCUUGCGUGUUUGAUACCGUUAUCAACGCGACAAUCAAUGCGUGCGACAAGCUUGACGGCAAAGUGGACGGAGUCAUUGCUCGCACCGACCUUUGCUUGCUGAAAUUCAAUGUUUCCUCUAUGAUCGGCGAGACUUAUAGCUGUGCGGCCAGCACCGAAAAUAGCUUGGGUCUGGGUUAUGGAAAGCGCAAGAGAGCCGACGGCUCAUCCACCCCCGCGCAGAACGGUACCAUCUCGGCAAAGGACAUUGAAGUCAUUCAGGAUCUAUUGACUGGUCUCAAAGACUCAAACGGUGACAGAGUUUACCUGCCAUUCCAGCCCGGAGCCGGCUUCGGUGAUACCACCACUUAUGACUCGGAUACGGAUUCGUGGACUAUUGAGUCGCCGAACUCGAACGGUGAAUGGGUUACCAAGUUCUUGCACUGGCAGAACGUUAGCUCGCUUGUAAUGACAGACGUAACCAAUGACGACUUGAAAGCAUGGAUGAUCGAAGGCAUGACCAAGUACAUGGACUCGCUCCAGACCACUCUUCCUGACCUGACCCCAUUCCUGGAACAUGGUGGCAAACUUCUUCACUUCCACGGCGAGGCCGACUCCAGUAUUCCCACCACUGGUUCCAUUCGCUACCACGAGUCUGUUCGCAAGAUCAUGUACCCCAACCUCGGGUUUGAGGAAGGAAACAAGAAACUUAAUGAGUGGUACCGCCUCUACCUUGUUCCCGGAGCGGCCCACUGUGCUACCAACAGCGAGCAGCCCAACGCCGGAUUCCCUCGUGACAACUUCGACCACAUGAUCAAGUGGGUUGAACAUAAUGUCACACCUGUUACCAUCAAUGCCACAGUGCAAUCUGGCUCUCGGGAGGGUGAAGUCCAGAAGGUUUGCACCUGGCCAUCGAGGCCCUACUACAAGAACGGCAAACUGAUCUGCCAGGAGAAGCAAUCUUCAGUAAACGCCAUGCUGUGGGACCUGCCUGCCUACAAGAUGCCAGUUUAUUAA